CCCGCCCGGCGGUCCCGGCUCAUGGCGGCGUUUCCGCUGCGGGCGGCACCACCAUGAACUACAUGCCCGGUACCGCCAGCCUCAUCCAGGACAUCGACAAGAAACACCUGGUCCUGCUGCGGGACGGCCGAACGCUCAUCGGGUACCUGCGCAGCAUCGACCAGUUCGCAAACCUGGUGUUGCACCAGACCGUGGAGCGCAUCCACGUGGGCAAGAAGUAUGGGGACAUCCCACGAGGCAUCUUUGUUGUGAGAGGAGAGAACGUUGUUCUGCUGGGGGAAAUAGACCUGGAGAAGGAGAGUGACACCCCCCUGCAGCAGGUAUCCAUCGAGGAGAUCCUGGAGGAGCAGCGUGUGGAGCAGCAGGCCAAGCAGGAGUCAGAGAAGCUGAAGGUGCAGGCACUGAAGGAAAGGGGCCUCUCCGUGCCCCGGGCAGACACCCUGGACGAGUAUUAGGGGUGCUGCCCCUGGGACCCUUCCUCCAUGGCAGAGCCAGGGGUGCUCUGUGACCCCGCCAGUGCCCGGGCAGGUCUCUUGGGAAAGGCGGUUUUUAUUUCCAGAUGGUGUUUUCUGUGGCACAGGUAACUGGUGAACAAACGAUGCCUUUGGUUCCUCCUGGUGGAGAAGGAGGAGAGGAGGUGUUGGGCUGUCCUCAGAGGCAGCCAGGAGUGCUGGGGAGCCACGAGUGUUUGUGUUCAGGAGGUGAAUCCCGGGGUCCUUCGGGUUUAUUUGCUUUUUUUCCUCCUCCUUCUCUCGUGACUCCGGGUGAGAGUUUUUCCUUGAUGUGUAAAUAAAUCCUUGAUCU